AUGCGCUCCAGCAUCGCCUGCUCUCGGUGCCGCCGAAGUAAGAUCAAGUGCGUCAAUGCCGGAAUAGACACCACAUGUCGUGCCUGCGAGGCCUCGCACAGGGAAUGCGUCUAUCCCACCCCCGCCAUCGGUGGAGGGGGUGCGAAACGCGAUAUUGCCGCCACACUUGAUGGCGAUGAGCGAAAUGGCGCCGAAUGGGAUAAUCCGAAGCGUCAACGAUCGCGAAAAGUCACAGGAGGUUCAGGUUCUGCUGGUAAGGACGCCGGCAAGAAUAUGGUAGAUGUCCUUGACUCGUCAAUAUUGUCUCCAAAAGUAUGGGAGGCUUUGUCCAAAUCGUUUCAGACACAGUUCGCGACUAUCCUGCCGUUCAUUGAUUCGACCUCCUUGAAGAAUCAGGCUGGUCAGCUGUCUUCACCUCAAUCCGAUGCCCAAUCGAAUAAUUCCGAACACCAUCCGCAUAGUCCGCCUCCGAGAACGCAACUUCCACCUUUAAUCCUGCUAGGGGUCCUGACGCUUACCGCACGCUUCCAUCCCCAGUUGGUAGCCUACCAUUCCCCGGCAUCGUCCGGCAACCCGUCCAAUCCAUCUGCCGCCUCCGAGUUCUACGCCUCAGCGCUACGAUCCCGUCUCGCCGGCCCCGAUGGCAUGGGACUAAUGACGGCGGAUCUAGUCCAUGUACAGGCGUUAUUGAUGCUGGCUUUGCACGAAUGGGGCAUGUGUCGAGGCAAAAGCGCCUGGCUCUAUGUCGGCAUCGCAAUCCGACUGGCCCAAGCAAUGGGUUUGUCCUACGAACUAGAAAACGAUACAUUUUCUUCCACUACCCCUCGCAGCGAAUCAAACCGCUAUACAGCUCUCAAGGUCGAGGCCGAUCACUUCGGAAUUGUACAACGCCAAAAGGAACAACCAGAACAAAGCUCCGACGAUGUGAUUGUACAGGAAACAAAACGAAGGACUUUUUGGGCUUGUUUUAUUAUGGAUCGAUGUCUCAGCACCGGCAAGCAUCGACCUCGAAUGGUAAAAGUUCGGGAUCUAGAUAUCCAGCUACCUAGUGAUGACGCUUUCGCAUUUGGCGAACGAGUACGUACAUCCAAAUUGUCGGAUAGUCCGGCACGACGUGCGUCAAGCUUUGAUGGCCCGGGUGGACAAAUUCCAAGUUUGCGACAGAGCGUGCCAUACGGCGAAGAUAACCUACGCAAUGGGUCGAUAGACUCAAAAUCUUGGUCGCCAGUCUCCAAGCGUAUCGAUUCUGCUGAUCAUGACGUCGAUCGCUGGGAGGUCGGCGCUCAAGAGUCUCUUUUAAGUCGCGUUAUUCGGGUCAUUCGAAUUUGGGGUAGUAUUACUAAAUGGUCAUGUGCUGGAGGUAGACAAAACGAAACAUACGGCCCAUGGCAACCCGAAUCAAGUUUUUCGAAGUUGAGGGCCAAACUCGCCGAAUUUCAGGAGAGUCUGCCGAGAAAACUGCAGUACUCGCAGCGAAGCACCGAUGGACACAGUCAGACCGAACAUUCACUGUCAGCUUAUAUGGUCAUGCAUGUCGUCUAUUUUCUGUCGUUGAUCGUCUUGCACCGAGCUUAUCUACCAUUCCUGCCCCUCCGCUGCAACGAGCCUGUCGGCCCAUUAGAUGAACCAUCAUUCCCUCGUGAACAGUAUGCUGUGCCGGACGGGUUCUGGCGUGAAAGCACCAGGGAACUCUUCCGAGCCGCAAGGAAUAUGAUGGAUCUAGUCAUCGCUUGUCAGGAGAGAGGUGUUCUUGUCGAAACUCCACUUGUUGGGUUUGCUAUUUACAAUGCAGCUUUCAUGGGACUUUACGCAGCUCAUUUCAGCUACAUGGAUGUUGACGGAUAUCUGUCACCUAGACAAGCCUUGUCACCGACGUCAACGGGCAUGUCUAUUCAACCGCAGCUACCAACACGCAAAGCGCUUGAUAUUCUACGUGACAUGCGACCUCGUCUCGGUCUUGCGACUGGCUGGUUCCGUACGCUGAACAGAUUGCAUAGCUACUUUGUCAAAGUCAAGAGGGAUUUUGUCAAGUCUCGCUCCCGCAGUGGCGACAGUCUUCAUAGCCAUAGCCCCAUGGGCUUGAGGCCAGUACGAGAGGGCGGACCAGGAGGCGGAUUGGAGGAGUUCAAGCUGCUAGAAAAGAUCUUCCUCGAGUUUGGAAAUAUAGAUGACCAGAUCCCAGAGGCAGGCUCUCUGGAUGAAGACGGCACGAGCACAGUCGCUGCAGCAGAACGAGGUGGGCUUUCGUUGAGUGAAACAGCCAGCAAUGCAGUGAAAAGCGAAUCCGGUGAUUCCACCAUGGAUGGCAUGCAGCAAAAGCGCGACUCUUGGGUUACAGUCAACAGUGCAAAGAACCUGCCUCCUCUACCUCUCACUCCUUCAGCUUCUGAAGGGGACAUAUCUCGACCUGAGAUGGAUCGUCGCCCGAGUCUACCUCUACCAUCUCGACCAAUGCCAUCUCAAUCCUCUUCUUCGUAUCCUUUCCCGUCAAUCCAACAACGCCAAAAUUCAAUCUCUUCAACUGCGUCGCCCAGUCUGCCUUCUCUCACAUCGCCAAGUGCAUUCAACUCCCCCGGAGCAGGACAAGCCAACCAACAACCUCCAACGUCCUCAUCCCAUCGCCUUCAACCGCUCAACUCAUGGCUCCCUCCGCAUCAACAAGGACCUCCACCGCCCCCUUACUCUCAAAACCUACCACCUAUCAACGCCGCAACCUCAAACAGCCACUCACCCUACCCACCCAUGCUCCCACCACCAGGCUCUUCAGCCGCGCCACCACCGCCUACCCUAGCAGCACCUCAACAACCACCCUCCACAUCCACUACAUCAAUGGGCUACGCGCCAACUCCAGUUUCAACAACAGGAGGAAUGAUGGACUCGAUCCUCGAUUACUAUUACCCGAGCAUCUGGUCCACCAGUCUCGGCGGCGAUGAUGUAGUCGCUUUCCUCGCCGAUUGGAGCUUUGAGCAGGGACACACCAUUCCGCCUUCUGAAGUGGGUUCACCGACUGGAUGGUUGAGUGCGGUUUGGAAUGAUUUUCCUUGA